AUGGUCCAACUCGCCCAUAUCUUCAAGAAAGACAAGGACAAGGAGAAAGAUUCUGAUUCCCCAUCACCGAGAACUUCCUUCUCCGCUUCGCGCAAAUCCUCCAAGUCGCCUUCCAAGUCGCCCUCUAAAUCGCCCUCCAAAUCCUCUCCCUCGCCCACCAAAGCCCCCGCCAAACCCAAAACAUACUUCUCUCAUAGUCGCUCGUCCUCGAAUUCGGGACCAAAUUCUACUUUCAAGUUCGCUCGGUCUUCGCGUGACCAGGACGUACACCCGCUGAAUCUUCCGCCUGACGAGCUACGUCGUCGAUUGUCGGCCAUGGCAGCAUCUAGAGAGGAGCGGAGCUCCAUGGACAUCGAUCCUCAGGAGACUCUCAAGAACGGCACAAACGAGGAACGGAGUCCGACUCCCCCACCGCACCAGCCGAACUCAUCGUCUGCCGAUGAGGCUGACUCGUUCAAGCUGGCGGGAAACAAGUUCUUCAAGGAUGGCAACUACUACAGAGCGAUCCAGGAAUACAACAAGGCUAUUGAGAUUAACCCCAACUCAUCGGCCUACCUGUCCAACCGCGCGGCGGCCUACAUGUCUGCUAAGCAGUACCUGAACGCACUCGAGGAUAUUGAGCGCUCCAACGACCUCGACCCCAACAAUCCCAAGAUUAUGCACCGCUGGGCGAAGAUCUUGACCAGCCUGGGUCGCCCAUCAGAGGCUCUGAACGUGCUGUCACAGAUCCAGCCGGCGGUCUCCGCGACCGACAAAGCCCCCGCAGAGAAAAUGCUUCGAUUCGUCACACAAGCCGAGGAGACAUUAGCAGAGGACCGCGGGGUGUCAAUGGUGAUCUUCUGUCUGGACCAGGCACGGCAAGGACUCGGACAAGGGGUGAAGGAGCCCCGCAAGUGGACGCUCCUGGCAGCCGAGGCCCAGCUGAGGCUGAACAACAGCAACUCGCUCGGCAAGGCACAGGACAUCGCGAUCGGCAUGCUGCGCGAGAACAGCCAGGACCCGGAUGCCAUGAUGAUCCGUGCCCGCGCUUUCUACGCCUCCGGUGAGUCCGAGCAGGCGCUGAAGCUCCUGAAGAUGUGCCUCGGGCUGGACCCGGACAUGAAGCAGGCGAUCAAGUUGCUGCGUAUUGUGCAGAAGCUGGCCCGCACUAAGGAGGAAGGAAAUACCGCUUUCAAGGCGAAAGACUACCACCGGGCCAUCGAUCUCUGGGGCCAAGCUCUCGAGGUCGACCCCACCAACAAGGAUAUGAACGCCAAGAUCCUGGGGAACCGUGCACAGGCCUACAUCAACCUCAAGGAGUAUGAUUCUGCUAUUCAGGACUGCACUGAGGCCCUGCGCCUCGACCCCGGCUAUGUCAAGGCUAUGAAGGUCCGUGCCAAGGCCAAUGCCGGUGCCGACAACUGGGAGGAUGCCGUCCGCGACUAUAAGAGCGUUGCCGAGAACAACCCCAGCGAGAAGGGCAUUGCAGAGGAGAUCCGUCGCGCCGAGUUCGAGCUUAAGAAGUCCCAGCGCAAGGAUUACUACAAGAUUCUAGGGGUCGGCAAGGAUGCCAGCGAGACCGAGAUCAAGAAGGCCUACCGUAAGAUGGCCAUCCAAUACCACCCGGAUAAGAACCGUGACGGUGAGGCCGGUGAUGAGAAGUUCAAGGAGAUCGGAGAGGCCUACGAAACCCUCAUUGAUUCUCAGAAACGUGCUGCUUAUGAUAACGGAGACGACCUGAUGGACCCAGCCGACAUGUUCGGCGGCGGCGGCUUCGGCGGUAUGGGAGGCAUGGGCGGCAUGGGUGGUAUGGGAGGAAUGGGCGGCAUGGGUGGUAUGGGCGGCGGAGCCAGUCACAUCAACAUCGACCCCAACAUCCUGUUCAACAUGAUGAACGGCGGCGGCGGCGGAGGCUUCGCCUCUGCAGGCGGCCACCCCUUCGGCGGCCAGGCUCGCGGCGGCGGCUUCCCCUUCUAG